GAUGUUUCAUUUGUCUACUGCUAAGUCUGUUUAUGGCAGUGUUGAUUAUCUUCCGUCAUCCUGGCAGUAGUUCCUAACUGUAAGACCCCAAGUGAUGGCAUCCACCGUGAGUCCGUCCUUCACUCCGUAACACUAUGGUUAGGAAUAGGGCUGUGGACGGGUUUAUAUCGAAAGGGAAAAGGGGGGAUCGUAACAUGUUAUAUGGCAUUCUUAGCAUUGGCUAUUCAUGUUCUCAUGGUCUAGCUCGAACUCAGAAUAACCAAUAUAACGCUAUAUUUCUCAUUAUCUGUUCGUACCAUUUCAAACUCACUUCAUUUCACAUUCAUUAGACAUCUCCAUCCAUAUCUCAUCACAAAUCAGC